AUGACCGCCAUACCGUUGACUACACCCGCUUCAGUUCCAGAUCCCCUUACCGAAGCCAUCCCAGACUCCCCUUAUUCAACCAUUGAGACCAGCGAGACCAACAUCACGGCGCGACACUCUUUUGCCUUCAACUCUGACCAGCUAACAGCCGGUUCCUUGUGCCCCCCGGCACCUCUCACCCAGAUUGAUCCCUCUUCCUCUGUCGCUCACACCUUGCUGGUUCCUCUCGAUCCCCUCUUCUCUAUCUCAGAAAAAGAGCUUGAAUCCAAGCUUGGACAGAGUCGAUCAGGUUGCGGGUGGGAGAACUGGGAGCGUCACCUCAUCAUAUCUGAGUUGCUUGGGCCCAAUGCGCCCAAGCUUCUAAUCUUGAAACUGAUGGACAUUCCGCUCAAAGUACGCCCCAAUAUACCCCAGUGUACAGAUCCAUACCUUACUCGGCUAUCAAAGGUCACGUUUCGCGGCUCCCGUUCAGUAACAGCAAUAGCAAACCAGAUUCGGAUCCUUAUUGAAACUUAUACGGAGAUAAUUGACUUUGCACAACAGGCAGGAAUUAACCUCGAGGCACCCAAAUUUCACAACCCCGAGGCUCUCAUCCACAGCAUUGUUGAAAUGUGGAAGCAAUGCGUACCCUCGGGCGGGAAUUGGGCUUCCGCCAGAUCUAAGGGGCUACAAGCUAUCGAUAUUGUCAUUUGGACCCACGAUCCCCCCCGUAGUUGGUUUUCGAUGACAUUUAGCCGCCUCAAGGAGGCUGGUAUAUUACAACCUCGGCGUGGCAAAUCCGUCCAGCGUGCUCCAUCCACCCCUUCACAACAGCUCCCUUCAAUGAGCUGCAAUCGAGGCAGACAAACCCAAGGUAAUAGUAGCGAUUUUCCCCUCUGCCUCUGCCUUUCCCCAUGUAGCACAACUAGUCCCACUGAUUCACCCACUAUUACAGCUCGCUCUGUUCAUACCCCCGGGCCCUCAGAGCCCUCCGAGCAAAUGCAGAGGCCUUCGGCCCCCACUUCCCCGAGCUUUCCGGCAUCCCCAGCGUCUCCGGCGCCCGAAGCUGAGCGAUCUUCACCUCAACCUCACAGUCCCCAUACCACUACCCCAGGGAGUCCUCACGCACAGAACAUGUUACGUGAGCAACACGCAAUUGCCUCUGCGUCGGUUUCAUUGGCCCAUGCCCAGGCUGAAUACAUGCAUGCGCGCACGCUACAAACUCGUACCAAUGUCCUGCAACAGUUGCUUGGGUUAGAGCAACAAGAACGAGCAUUGCGACUAAAAGUUGCAAUGGAUGUCAUCCGUAUUACCGAAAGCAACAAUGUUACUCGUAGUGCCGCCCAAUCGUGGAUAAAUCAAACGUUUUUUACGAGCCACCCUUCAGACAACUUUACCCGAUUCGCUACGGCCUGGAAAGCGGAGCUUGCGCUGAAGCCGAAUUAUUUCGGAGGGGACUCGAUUUGCCAUGCCUCAUCUCCCCAAGUGCGCUUUCCCAACUCGCUCGGGUUUGGCACCAGUUAA